UAGCGUCAACAUCUCUAGACCAGCGCGCGCCAGUUUGAGAAAAUUUCCCAGAUUUUUCACAGAAGAAAUUUCCCAGAUUUUCCCAUAAGGUUAACAUGGGUAAACGUCUACUCAUUCCUGAGGAAAUAGUUGUAGAAGGAGGAGAGCUCUACGCCGCAGAGGAUAUAGCUGUGGGAUCCCAGUUUCUACCCUGGGAAGGAGUUGUGAGAAACUCUCAGGAACCACCAAGAGACUUCAUCCUUCAAGGAGAUCCCAGACUUCACAGUGGGUUGGUAGACCAGGAGAAUAUCUGCAACUGGGUUAGAUUCCUUCCCCACACCCCCACCAGCUAUCAGACCAACAUGAUGGUAGGAACAGGACCUACUGGAGAGCCAAUCUUCUCCGUCAUCAAACCUAUCAUCAAAGGAGAUAAACUGUUAGCUGUAUACCAGGAGCUACAUCAUAUAUUCCUGAACCCAACCCUGCUCCUUCUCCGCUCUGCCCUAUACAACAAGUAUGUGGAGAGGGCUGUUGAUGAACUACCCAUGGACCUAACCAGGAAACCCGUGAACAAGCUUAACCUAUCUCUAGGCAGUGAGUCUCCGAGAAGUGACGGAUUUGACAAAAUCUCCGACGACGACCGAUCCUCUCCCGAAUCCUUCCGAUUUAGUGACGAGGAACAACACAUUUUCGGACUUAAACAUUUUGACAGAUCCAUGUCUGUUCUCUCUAAACCCAAAUCUAAGCGAAUGUUACCCUGUGAUACAUGCGGAAAAGUAUUUGAUCGUCCCAGUCUUCUGGAGAGACAUGUGAGAAUACACACUGGGGAGAGACCGUAUGUUUGUGACUUCUGCAACAAAGGAUUCUCAACAAGCAGUAGUUUGAACACGCACAGAAGGAUCCAUACCGGGGAGAAACCUCAUAUUUGUAAAACUUGCGGAAAAUGUUUCACAGCUUCUUCAAACCUUUACUAUCACAGGAUGACACAUUUAAAGGAAAAACCCCACCAGUGUAAGUGUUGCCCUAAAUCGUUUUCAACGCCUGGAGAUUUGAGAAAUCACAUGAAAAUCCAUUCCCCAGAGUUUUCUUUCUAAAAGUGCACCGACUAGCCUCAAGUUUAAACGUAUCACGUGAUGAGCCCUGAAAGCUGAACAAAAUGGUGCAAACACAAAAUUUACCGAUCCGAGUAUUUAUUUUUUAUUGUUGUGUUUUGUCUUCAAGCAUUCCUUAUCUUGACAAUGAUUGAAGAAAAAUCAAAAAUGUGAUUUUUAUUGUUUGUGAUCUCUUCCUUUAAGUUUAACAUGUUACUAAUUGUUUAUAUCCAAAUAUAGAGUAUAUAGAAGGAGUA